GGUGGUGGGGUGGACGCUAUCAGACUCCAUUCGAUUCCUCCACCUCCUCCGAGGAAACUUGCCCCUUAGAGUCGCCCGCCCGCCUCUUUCCAGGGCCGCUUUGCCCCCUGCUCCCCAGUCCUUCAGCCUGCUCCCUCCGCAGGCUGGUGCAGCCCCGGUGCCGGCGACUCCUGCCGAGGGACGCGCCCGGGAUGGAGCGCAAAGCGCUGCUCCUGGCACUUCUGUGCGUGUGGUUCCCGAGUCUGACCGCCGACAGAGGAAGAGAUUUUAUGGACAUUGAAAGUAAAUUUGCUCUACGGACUCCUGAAGAUACAGCUGAGGACACCUGCCACCUUAUUCCUGGAGUGACAGAAUCGGUGGCUAAUUGCCACUUCAACCACAGCAGCAAAACCUUUGUGGUGAUCCAUGGCUGGACAGUAACAGGAAUGUAUGAGAGUUGGGUGCCAAAACUUGUGGCAGCCCUGUACAAGAGAGAACCAGACUCCAACGUCAUUGUGGUGGAUUGGCUGUCCCGGGCUCAGCAGCACUACCCUGUGUCUGCAGGGUACACCAAGCUGGUGGGAAAUGAUGUGGCAAGGUUUAUCAACUGGAUGGAGGAGGAAUUUAACUAUCCUCUGGACAAUGUCCAUCUCUUGGGAUACAGUCUUGGAGCCCAUGCUGCUGGCAUUGCAGGAAGUUUGACCAAAAAGAAAGUUAACAGAAUUACAGGCUUAGAUCCAGCUGGACCUAACUUUGAGUAUGCGGAGGCUCCAAGUCGUCUUUCUCCUGAUGAUGCAGAUUUUGUAGAUGUCUUACACACAUUCACUAGAGGAUCACCUGGAAGGAGCAUUGGAAUCCAGAAACCAGUGGGGCAUGUUGACAUUUAUCCUAAUGGAGGGACUUUCCAACCAGGAUGUAACAUUGGUGAAGCUAUUCGUGUGAUUGCAGAGAAAGGUCUUGGAGAUGUGGACCAGCUUGUGAAGUGCUCUCACGAACGUUCCAUCCACCUCUUUAUCGACUCUCUGUUGAAUGAAGAAAAUCCCAGUAAGGCCUACAGGUGCAAUUCCAAGGAAGCCUUUGAGAAAGGGCUGUGCCUGAGCUGCAGAAAAAACCGUUGCAACAACUUGGGCUAUGAGAUCAAUAAAGUCAGAGCCAAAAGAAGCAGCAAAAUGUACCUUAAGACUCGUUCUCAGAUGCCCUACAAAGUCUUCCAUUACCAAGUGAAAAUACAUUUUUCUGGGACUGAGACUGAUACACAGACUAACCAGGCCUUCACAAUCUCUCUGUUUGGCACCGUGGCUGAGAGUGAGAACAUUCAUUUUACCCUGCCUGAAGUUUCCACAAAUAAGACAUAUUCUUUCCUGAUUUACACAGAAAUAGAUAUUGGAGAACUGUUAAUGAUGAAACUCAAAUGGGAGAGUGAUUCAUAUUUCAGCUGGUCAGACUGGUGGAGCACCCCUGGCUUUGCCAUUGAGAAGAUCAGAGUCAAAGCAGGAGAAACUCAAAAAAAGGUGAUCUUCUGUUCCAGGGAGAAAGUGUCCUAUCUGCAGAAAGGAAAGGCAUCUGUGGUAUUUGUGAAAUGCCAUGACAAGUCUCUGAAUAAAAAAUCUGGCUGAAAGUGGGCAAAUAUAUAAAGAGAAGAGCACAUGAAUUCUGUGAAGAAUGAAGUAACUUUUACUAAAGAUGUCCAGUGCUUUGGAUGGUUAAAGGUGGAUUUUCCUGAGUAUUAACCCCAGCUAUAUCUGUGCUAGUUAUUUUAGGAGACAGUCUCAAAUACUAAACAGUGGUUAAUUCAAUUUGAGGAAUAUUGGUGGCUUAAAUAAUACAAAUCUUCCAACAUUGAAAGACUGUAGAUAUGAAAAAACACUGCAUUUUGUCCUUUGAGAAAGAAAUAAGAAUUCAUGGGCUCAUGAUAAAAUAAGAAAGCUUCUUUAUGAACUGUGCUUAGCUAUACCCCAAAAUUGAUUAGAACCUCAUAAUUCAAUUGGAAUUUCUGCAUUUUCCUGACUCAAGAUUUUCUCCAACUCUAAAUGUAGAAAAUUAUGUUUUGUGCCAUGAACCAUACUCAUUCACAUGCUAAUCAAAACACCUGACUAUUUCUUGGAAUGGUUCUCUUUUGCCAUUGGGUUAAGACCUUGUGGCAUGGAGAGAGAAUGGGAGAAUGGAGUUGAUAAAGAAUGGAACCUUAAGUAAAACACUCCCUGUUAACAGUUACAUCAUAACUAAGUUACAAAUUAAAGGAGAUAAAAUUCAGAUUGUUAAUAGGCUUUAUUGUUUAUUGUUUAAUGCUUGCUUUGUUGGAAGAUUAUAUUUUUUAUUCUCUGGGUAGAUGUUUUAAAAGAGCCUAUAAAUCCUCAGCGGACUUAAUUUUUAACUAUAAGGAAUAGAAAUGAUAUCAUAAUUUUAUUAUGAGAUUUUCAAAAUUAUAUUCAUUGAUUUCAAAUCAUUUACAACCCAAUAGUUAUUGUCACUUUCUGGUUUAUCACCUAUUCUUCAGUGACUUUGAGCAAGUGUCUUUCUUCCAUGGUUUUGAUAAGAAAAUUUGUAUUCAAGGUCAAAUUUUACAUCAUGCAAAUACCUAUAAAUUUUCGACAAAUACCAUUUUUACUAUAUAAAAAUAUGGAAAAGUUACUGGGCUAUAUUAAGAAAUAGUACUUAUAAACUAUUGUGGGGAUCUGAAGAAUCCUCUAUUGUGUUACAUGAAAUGCCAAGAGUUGUUUUUAACAACUAGUAAAAAGUGAGCAAUUAUUUAUAUAAACUAGAUCUCAUUUUCAGAAUGCUUUUCUAUAUAUUAGUAUAAAAUGAUAAAGAAGUCAAAUAUCUUAGAGAGCAUUGCUGAGCACCUGAGCUGUGAACAUGUGUGGGUAUCUGAACACACACUCACAUAUCAGGUCCACAUGUACAUUUAUUAUUUAGCCUGGCUUCAAAGGUAAACAAUGAAGAGAAAUAUUAGAACAUAUCUGAGUAGAAAAUGUUCUGGAAUUGCCAGAAACUCAGCUCUUUGUCUGAGAAAUAUGGUUGUGCCUGUGCAAUGUGGAACAAAUGUUGUCAUCAAUAUCAGCAGGCUUGGAAUGCAUUCUCUCUAAAAAAUAAAAUGAUAUGUGAUUUGUUGUCGGCAUCCCCCUUUAUUCCUAAUUGAUUAAUUUUCUGGAUUUGGGUUUCGAUCACGGUGCACAAAUUUAAGAAAAGAUUUUCAAAUUAGUUCAUGGCACUAAAGACUACCUAUGUGUAGUUUGGGCUUUAAAUGUUAUUUAUUAGCUGUAAAUAUAUGUGUGUAUGUGUAAAGGGAGAUUGUGCAUGUUGGAAAGGCUGUGGCUCUCUGCCUUUAUAGUCGGUGGUGCUAACUCUGUACAUGUCUUUAUCAGUGAUAUUUCACUGAGCCAACUUACUUUUAUGAAAUAUAAAAAGGCUUUAAAAAAGAAACUUAACUAUGUGAAGAAAUGGAAUCUGCUUUUAAUAAAAUUGACAAAAUUUUGUUACAAACACUAAGUCAU